AUGGUAAACAUUAGAAACAUUGAAAAGUCUGAAGUAAAGCAGGUAGCUCAUCUAGAGGACUUGUGUUUUCCAGAAAAUGAGCGUGCAUCUCUAAAGACCAUUUCUUACAGGGUUUCACAAGCACCUGAGCUACAGCUGGGCCUUUUUGCUCCUACCGAACAUACUACCACCUUAAUAGGACACUUAAUGGCAACCAGAACAUCUUCAGAAAGUGUCACUGUAGAAUCGAUGUCCAAGCAUAAGCCCACGGGAAACAACAUCGCGAUCCACUCCCUUUCUAUUCAUCCUGCUCAUCGUAAUCGAGGUUACGCCAAGCAGUUGAUCAAGGAAUUACAGUUCCGUAGUGGAAAGACUCUUAGUCCCAAACCUAGGAACAUGACUUUGCUGGCCCAUAAGCCCUUGAUCCCUCUCUACGAGGAAGUCGGUUUCAAGCUGAUGGGUGAAAGUGCUUGCAAAUUCGGAGGUGAUACCUGGUACGACAUGAUUUAUGAAAUAUAA